AUGGAAAGCUUGCUCUUGAAUCAACAGAUCAGUCUAGGGGAAAAUGGGCUAUUUGCAGGAAAUCGCCUGCCUCUGCUGCAGGCAUUUGAACCCCUUCAACCGAAACUCGCUCCUCUCCGUCAGCCCAGCUUCCUCUUGGAUUCUGCUGCCCCCUCCAUCCCUCCUCCCUCCCAGGUGAUACAACUUGGCCUGACCCUCGAGGACCUUAUGUACAUGGCCCUCAACCCUCUUCCCGACCGUCAGCUCUCCAUCCCCCAGCCGCUGCCGUGCUCGCCACCCAGCCCCCUCAUGGCCGUAGCGAAGCCCGAGGCCGUGAGGCCGCAGGCGUCCGAGGAGUGUGCGGACAUGGUGGAGGAAGCCGACGAGGAGGAGGAGGAGGGCGACGGGGAGACGCUGGACAAGCGGGCAAGGCACAGCAUCGCAUGCAAGUCAAAGUCUAAGCUAACGCUAGCGGAGAAGCUGGAGAUGAUCCGUCUAAGAGACGAGUUACAAGUGUCGCAGGCUUACCUGGCGUAUCGUUUCGGCAAGAGCCGGUCUGCCGUGUCCAAGAUUCUGAGGGUGGAGAAUAUUGCGAAGCUCAAGGCGCUAGCAGGGGCAGGCGUACACCGCAGCAUAAGGCGAUGCUCGUCCAACCAUGACUCGGUGCUGGAGCAGCGGGUGCACGAGUUUGUGGAGAACAAUUUGCACAUCGAGAAGCGUCGCGUAAUGAUCCGAGAUUAUGCUCAAACGGUAGCGACUCAGAUGGGGCUAUCGAACUUCAAGGCGACGCGGAGCUGGAUCGGGCGCUUCAUGAAGCGUCAUGGAUUCAAGUGA